AUGCAUUCUAUUCACCAUCACCAUAACCAGGCACUUCAACAAUUGCACGGUUAUCUCUAUAAGGAAGGUGGUAUCUAUAAAAGUUGGAAAAAGAGAUGGUUUUGUAUUGAAGGUGAUUGUCUGAAGUAUUAUGUGAAUGAAUCGAAAACAGAGCUAAAAGGUAGUAUUUUGAUCAGUGCGAUUCUCUCGGUGAAGCCGAUGCCUCAGAAAUCAUUGUCUAGCAACAAUAUAGCGACGGUAUCCGAUCAAUCGUUAUUCUCGACUCUGACAGAUGUAAAUAGUAGUGGUGGUAGUAGCGGUUCGAAUUCACGUUCUGACCGCGACCAUUCAAGAGACGGCGGAAAAGAAACCGUGUCUGGCUCGCUCAGCAAAGGAGCGAACAACCCUCUGUCUCGAUCGAUGUCAAGCACUUCAAACCGACCGAUAUCAAUGUCCGGGUCGAUCAUAUCGUUUCACAACACCGGUAUCGGAUUGAAUUCGAGUGACAGCGGCAAUAGCGAAUGGAUUUUCAGUGUUGGAACACAGCCGAGAACCUAUACUCUGAGGGCAGCCACUGAGAUUGAGAUGUACUAUUGGAUACAAGGAUUGCGUGGAUUGCAGUUGGAGUCGAACCUACUGGCGUCAGAGUCAAAGAAGAACGACCGACCACUGAGUAAAUCCGGUGGUAUUGCUGGCGGUAACCACAAGAAUAACAACGAAGAUAUCGAUUACUACCGAUCAGAAGUGCAACGACUGAAAUACAGUAUCAAUGAAAUGAAACAACACAUUCAACAGACAAAGAAAGACUUCCAAAUUGCAGUGACCGAUCAUAAAUCAUUUAUAUCGGUGAUUCAAGAGCAAUUUACAUUGUACAAACGACAACAUGAACAACCACUAAGAAGACAGAAUUCAAACAUUAAUAAUAAUAAUAAUAGUAAUUGUAAUAAUAACAACAACAACAACAGUAAUAAUAAUAAUUGUAACAAAUCUUUAGAUACAUCAAAUUCUAAUAAUCAAAAGAAUGUUCCGCUUCAACAAUAUCCUCCAUCAAAACAUCCAAUUACCGAUCAUAUUGCACCGAAUGGUAUGGCUUUGUGGCAACCUGACGCAUCAACACUAAAUUGUUUCACCUGUAAAAUUAACUUUACAUUUUUUAGAAGAAGGCAUCACUGUAGAAACUGUGGACAAUUAUUUUGCUCUAAAUGUAGUAGUCAUUCUGCAAAAGCACAAGGUUAUCAUGAAAGCGUAAAGGUUUGCAUUCAAUGUGCACAAUAUAUUUGGACAAAGCAUGAACAAACUCAAAAUGUUCUUAGUUUGUCUAAUUAA